AACACAAAAACUAAGAAGCAUAUUUUUGGCUGCAAAUUCAGGAUAGUUGUCUUGGAGAAGAAGAACAACUUGUUUUGUAGCAACAGGAACUUCCUUCCUGGAUGGCUCGGGUGAGUUCUUGGGAUCAUUGAUCUGAAGCAAGGAAUUGACACCGCCAGGCUUGAAAUCAAGCUUUUGAAUUCCCUUCUCCAUAAGCUGGACUCUCCAUCUCAAGAACUGAAUGCGCUUCUCCUCAGUCCCAAAUGUCUUCUUGUAGAGCUCCUCAUCAUCCAAAACUCCAAAAAUGUCACAGUGUAACUGUCAAAUGCAAAUCUGAAGGUUGCCCUUGGAGAAUAUAUGCGGCCAGAUUGGCUACCACCCAGCUCAUCUGCAUCAAGAAAAUGAAUGCCAAGCAUAGUUGUGAAGGAACUUCGGUAAAAGCUGGUUAUAGAGCAACAAGGGUGGAAAUAUCAUCAAGGAAAAGUCGAAAGUUUCUCCAAAUUACAAGCCUAAGGAUAUUGCCGUGGACAUAAAGCGUGAGUAUGGCAUUCAGUUGAACUACUCGCAGGCAUGGCAUGCCAAGGAGAUUGCCCGUGAGCAGCUUUAGGGAUCUUAUAAAGAGGCCUACUGCCAACUACCCUUCUUCUGUCAAAAGAUAAUGGAAACAAAUCCAGGUAGUAUUGCCACAUUCAUGACAAAGGAGGACUCCAGCUUCCACAAGCUCUUUGUCUCGUUUCAUGCAUCAAUAUCUGGUUUUCAGCAAGGCUGUCGGCCUCUUAUUUUCCUUGACAGCACUCUUCUGUACUCAAAGUAUCAAGGCACAUUGUUGGCUGCAACAUCUGCAGAUGAGAAUGAUAGUGUCUUUCUAGUAGCCUUUGUUGUUGUUGAUGAAGAGACUGAUGAAAAUUGGCAUUGGUUUCUGUCAGAACUCAAGUCUGCUGUCUCAACAUCCAGGCAAAUCACAUUUAUUGCUGAUUCCCAGAAAGGAAUAAGAGAGUCAUUACGCCAUAUAUUUGGUGAAGCCUGCUAUCAUGGUUAUUGUCUAUGCUAUCUGGCUGAGAAACUGAAUAGAGAUUUGAAGGGGCAAUUUUCACAUGAAGCAAGAGGAUUUGUCUGCUACUGCCUAUGCACCAAAACUUGA